AUGACAGAAAGGAGUAGAAUAGAGUACCACGAGCAACAACUGAGCAUUGCAACAGAGGUUGGCGACAGGGCCGGACAAGGACGUGCCUAUGGCAAUCUCGGCAAUGCUUAUGACAGCCUUGGCCAAUUCCAACAAGCAAUAGAGUACAACAAGCAAUGCCUGACCAUUGCAAUAGAAGUCGGCGACAGGGUCGGACAAGGACGUGCCUAUGGCAAUCUCGGCAAUGCUUAUGACAGCCUUGGCCAAUUCCAACAAGCAAUAGAGUACCACAAGCAAUGCCUGACCAUUGCAAUAGAAGUCGGCGACAGGGUCGGACAAGGACGUGCCUAUGGCAAUCUCGGCAAUGCUUAUGACAGCCUUGGCCAAUUCCAACAAGCAAUAGAGUACCACAAGCAAUGCCUGACCAUUGCAAUAGAAGUCGGCGACAGGGCCGGACAAGGACGUGCCUAUGGCAAUCUCGGCAAUGCUUAUCACAGCCUUGGCCAAUUCCAACAAGCAAUAGAGUACCACAAGCAAGACCUGAGCAUUGCAAUAGAAGUCGGCGACAGGGCCGGACAAGGACGUGCCUAUGGCAAUCUCGGCAAUGCUUAUCACAGCCUUGGCCAAUUCCAACAAGCAAUAGAGUACCACAAGCAAGACCUGAGCAUUGCAAUAGAAGUCGGCGACAGGGCCGGACAAGGACGUGCCUAUGGCAAUCUCGGCAAUGCUUAUCACAGCCUUGGCCAAUUCCAACAAGCAAUAGAGUACCACAAGCAAGACCUGAGCAUUGCAAUAGAAGUCGGCGACAGGGCCGGACAAGGACGUGCCUAUGGCAAUCUCGGCAAUGCUUAUCACAGCCUUGGCCAAUUCCAACAAGCAAUAGAGUACCACAAGCAAGACCUGAGCAUUGCAAUAGAAGUCGGCGACAGGGCCGGACAAGGACGUGCCUAUGGCAAUCUCGGCAAUGCUUAUCACAGCCUUGGCCAAUUCCAACAAGCAAUAGAGUACCACAAGCAAGACCUGAGCAUUGCAAUAGAAGUCGGCGACAGGGCCGGACAAGGACGUGCCUAUGGCAAUCUCGGCAAUGCUUAUCACAGCCUUGGCCAAUUCCAACAAGCAAUAGAGUACCACAAGCAAGACCUGAGCAUUGCAAUAGAAGUCGGCGACAGGGCCGGACAAGGACGUGCCUAUGGCAAUCUCGGCAAUGCUUAUCACAGCCUUGGCCAAUUCCAACAAGCAAUAGAGUACCACAAGCAAGACCUGAGCAUUGCAAUAGAAGUCGGCGACAGGGCCGGACAAGGACGUGCCUAUGGCAAUCUCGGCAAUGCUUAUCACAGCCUUGGCCAAUUCCAACAAGCAAUAGAGUACCACAAGCAAGACCUGAGCAUUGCAAUAGAAGUCGGCGACAGGGCCGGACAAGGACGUGCCUAUGGCAAUCUCGGCAAUGCUUAUCACAGCCUUGGCCAAUUCCAACAAGCAAUAGAGUACCACAAGCAAGACCUGAGCAUUGCAAUAGAAGUCGGCGACAGGGCCGGACAAGGACGUGCCUAUGGCAAUCUCGGCAAUGCUUAUCACAGCCUUGGCCAAUUCCAACAAGCAAUAGAGUACCACAAGCAAGACCUGAGCAUUGCAAUAGAAGUCGGCGACAGGGCCGGACAAGGACGUGCCUAUGGCAAUCUCGGCAAUGCUUAUCACAGCCUUGGCCAAUUCCAACAAGCAAUAGAGUACCACAAGCAAGACCUGAGCAUUGCAAUAGAAGUCGGCGACAGGGCCGGACAAGGACGUGCCUAUGGCAAUCUCGGCAAUGCUUAUCACAGCCUUGGCCAAUUCCAACAAGCAAUAGAGUACCACAAGCAAGACCUGAGCAUUGCAAUAGAAGUCGGCGACAGGGCCGGACAAGGACGUGCCUAUGGCAAUCUCGGCAAUGCUUAUCACAGCCUUGGCCAAUUCCAACAAGCAAUAGAGUACCACAAGCAAGACCUGAGCAUUGCAAUAGAAGUCGGCGACAGGGCCGGACAAGGACGUGCCUAUGGCAAUCUCGGCAAUGCUUAUCACAGCCUUGGCCAAUUCCAACAAGCAAUAGAGUACCACAAGCAAGACCUGAGCAUUGCAAUAGAAGUCGGCGACAGGGCCGGACAAGGAGGUGCCUAUGGCAAUCUCGGCAAUGCUUAUCACAGCCUUGGCCAAUUCCAACAAGCAAUAGAGUACCACAAGCAACGCCUAGCCAUUGCAAUAGAAGUCGGCGACAGGGCCGGACAAGGACGUGCCUAUGCCAAUCUCGGCAAUGGUUAUUUAAAUCUCCAGGACUUCCUACAAUCAAUGAAGCACCACAAGAAAAGCCUUAGCAUUAGAAUAGAAGUCGGCGACAGGAAUGGAGAAGGAACGGUCUAUCGCCUUCUCGGCUCAGAUUAUGAAUCCCUUUGCGACUUCGAAGGAGCAAUAGAGCAUUAUAAGCAAAGCCUAAGCAUUGCUAAGGAAGUGGGUAACAGGUGUGGAGAGGGAUAUACCUAUGCCUCUCUCGGCCGUGCUUAUAGGUCCCUUAAACAAUUCCAACAAGCAAUCGAGUACCACAAGCAACAGCUCAAAAUUGCUAAGGAAGUGGCUGACAUGUUCCUAGAAGGAAUGGCCUAUGAAUACUUGGGUAAAACUCUUAUGUUGUCAGGUUCUCUGGAUGAGGCUGUAGUUCAUUUCAAAUUCAGCGUAAAAACGCUUGAUACUAUUAGGGAAAGUUUCAUUUCGGAAGAUGCAUGUAAAAUAAGUUUUCGUAAGCAUUUCAUAUCUAGCUAUCGUUAUUUAUGUCAAGUUCUUAUAGGGCUUCAAAAGACGGAUGAGGCUUUGUACGCGGCCGAACGGGGACGAGCAGGGGCUUUGCUAGAUGCCUUGAAAAUAAAUUACGGCUUUACAUCCCUUUCGCCCAUUUCAAAUGAAACUGAGGAAGAUUUCACAUACAUUUCAAGGAACAUAUCUGUUUUGACAAUGUUUAUUGCAUUGGACGAAGAAACAAUAAGCUUGUGGGUACUGGGAAAGAAAACCAACGCUAUUUUUAGGCAAGCAGUACUAAAAAGUAGAGGUGCACACGAAGAUCCCUUUGAUGCACUUUUGAAUAAUUCUUUGAAUAAAAUUGGGGCUGGCAGAGAUGUUAGAUGCGAGAAUCGGUCACUUGAUGUUUUAAGCGAUAAGUCAACUUCCAGUACUCGUGGUGAUGAUAAAACAUCGAUUCCGUCGCACGAGAAUAACGACUGGUUACAGCCAUUGCAUGAUAUAGUUUUUGGUCCCAUUGAAGACUUACUUGAUGGUGAUGAACUGGUCGUAGUCCCUGAUGGUGCUUUGUGUUUAGCUCCUUGGACAGCCCUAAGUGAAACUUUAAGGAUCCGUAUUAUUCCCUCACUGACAAGUCUGAAAGUAAUAAGAGAUUCUUCAAGUGAAUACCACAGUAAAACUGGCGCCCUGCUUGUUGGAGAUCCAUGUUUGAGGAAAGUUACAAAUAAAAGGGAUAAACCCAUUUAUGAUCAGCUGAAGUUCGCAAAAAAAGAAGUGGAGAUGAUUGGAAAACUUCUUAACAGCCACCCACUCACGGGGGAAGCUGCAACCAAAGAAGAGGUGCUUCGGAGAAUAGAUUCAGUUGCUUUGAUUCACAUUGCAGCACACGGAGGACAGGAAACUGGUGAAAUUGCAUUGGCUCCCAACCCCGAGUGGCAAUCCAAGACUCUUAUCCCUACGAAAGAGGACUACAUGUUAAAAAUGUCUGAUUUACAAGCCAUUAAGCUGAGAGCGAGGCUAGUGGUUCUUAGUUGUUGCCAUAGUGGUCAAGGAGAGGUCUCGUCUGAGGGUGUGGUCGGUAUGGCAAGGGCUUUCUUGUUUGCUGGUGCUCGUUCUGUGCUGGCGUCACUCUGGGCAAUUGAUGAUGAAGCCACAAUGGUGUUUAUGGAAUGUUUCUACCAACACCUGAGAGUUGGAGAAAGUGUCAGUACUGCUCUGCAGAAGGCCAUGAAACGCCUUCGAGAUUCGGACGACUUUUCCUCCCCAAAGUACUGGGCUCCAUUUGUGCUGAUUGGCGAUGACGUCACGAUUGAAUUUGAUGUAAACCGUUGA